GAUCGUAAGCUUCUGGUCUUUUACUCCCGCUUUCUUCUCCUCUGAAGCCGCCCGUCGUACCCCCUUUUCCUAGCUCCGGUUACCUCCAGCCUUCCUCAUGCUCGAUGGCGCCUCACUUCUGAAACGUUCAGUUAGGCUGUUCCCGGGUAUUUCCAUCCUUCAAUUCGACGAAAUCUCUGUAAAAUAUUGAAAGCUAUCCUGGCUUUCACUCCAGCAAUCACCGUUCCUGCUCCGUCAUCGAUUCUCUGUCCGGCACAGUGCCACCCCGACACCAUGGCCUUGCCGGUGAGUAGUCUAGUGGAGCAAAUGUCCCAGCUGGACGCGGCGCGAAAUCUCGUUCUCGGUGACGCUGCUCUCUAUCCCCAAAUUGUCCACGGAAUAAUUCCUAUAAUUGGCCCCAAUUCACGUCUAGAAUUGCGACGAUGGGGUGCCGAAUUUCUCGCAGAGACAUUUGCAAGCCCCGCGUUUCCUCAGCCAGCAAAGCAGAAGCUUGCUACCGAAGUCCUUGCGACGAUACAGGAUCUGUUGAGUAUAUCGAUGGAAGAUACUGCAGUGCUGAAAGGAGCUAUCCAGGCCUCAGCUAGUGUUUACUCGCUGGUUUUUAGGUAUAUCAUUGAUCACCCUGAAGAUUCCACCCUGUGGGAAAGGAUGACAGCUAUCAAGCACGCUAUCCUAAGGAAGUGGGAUGCCACUUCUCCUGGCGUCAAAAUUUGCUGUAUCAAAUUUGCGCAAAGAGUCGUGCAAGCUCAAACACAGGGAGUUAUCUCUGAUCCAAGGCGUCCUGAGAAAAAUGAAAUCUCACUGGCGAUUGUUCCAAAGAACCAUCCUCUCAUUCCUAUUCCUAACCUCGAGGCGGAAGCAUCGGGCCUUCUUGAUAGACUUCUGAAUGUCUUUCAUGAGAAUUCGAGUGACCCUCUUCUUGUAAAUGCAACUUUGAAUUCUCUUGCAGUGUUGAUUCGUAUGCGUCCGUCCAUCUCAAACAAGAUUAUCAAUGCCAUCCUGAGCUUCAACCCGCUCAAACAAGCAAAUGCACCCAUGACGCCAACUGCCAGAGUAAACAUCAAAUCAAUGGAACGGACAACUAGAGCGUUGUUAAUCAAUUUGUUGAAGAGAAACCCGAGCAAUCCUCUGGCAGGCCGUAUUCAACAGUACAUUGAACGAAUGGCACAGUCUCGUAAUGAGAUAUUCGAAGAAGCAACGCGCAAGAGAGCACUUCCCACGGAGCCAACGGACUUGGUUGAUAGUGCCAAACGAGCAAGAUUGGGCGUCAACACCCCGCCACAAUUGAAAAUUCCACCAUUGCCUCCGGGCCCGACUAGCUUUGCCCAGCUCUUUACUUUGACAGAGGACGCUGGCCUAACUUCGUUUGAUGUUAAACAAUUGCCGCUGGACUUACUUGUUAAGAUCACGGUGCCAAUUCUAAAUCGCAUAGACGCGGAGGCUUUGGAUCAAGCCAUUGGUGCCGUUCGAAAUCGCCAUCUCACACUUUGCAAGAAACAAGUUUUCGAGCAUCAGGCACAGGCACAACAGGUACAACCAUCUGCUGAAGAGGAAGAGGAUGAGUACGAGCCCGAAUAUGAGCCUAUGGAUAUUCCUGCAGUUCCUGUAUCACAAACGCUGCAAACUGAACCAGAAGGAGCUGGGGCUGCAGAAAUCCCUCCCGAUCUUAUGACACUAGGGCCAUUCGUACUUCCACAACCCCUUCCACUGUCCGAAACGGAGGCUGCCGAAGUGGGCAAGGAGGCCGUCCAAAGAGUGUUUAACAUGGCCUCGACUCUCGACCAACCUUCUAAAACAGCUAAAGACUCAGGGCAAACUCUGGGAUUUGGAAGACUCGCUGCGAGCUCGUUUGAUCGAGAUUCCUGGCUAACCUUACUAACGCGUUUGGCAACUCGGGCAUCCGCUGGUUUAGAAGCAGAUGUUGAAGAAGAAGUAAAGCAGAUCGAGAACGGUAAUAAACAAGUUGUGAACCCACUCCAGCGACCUUCACUGGGGAACGGGAUCAGGGAGUUGCUAUACCGAUAUGUUUUGGAAGAUUUUCGGGUGCGGCUCAAUGUUGCGAUAUCCUGGAUGAAUGAAGAAUGGUACAAUUAUCGAGUACAGUUAAAGUACGCCGCACAGCAAAAUGGUGAUGGUUUGAACGGUGUGUCAGUAUCAAGUCACUACGAUUAUUGGGUGAUGAGGCUUCUGGAGGGCAUCCUGCCGUAUCUUGACGCCAGGGAUAAGAUUCUUAUAAGGUUUUUAAGCGAGCUACCUGAGUUAAAUCGCGCUUUGAUCAAAAAGGUGGAGACGUUGGCGAAUGAUCCGGAGAGAGUCAACCUGUGUGUUCAAGCGCUGCACUACCUUGUUCUUGUACGUCCUCCGGCGAAAGAAUUAUGUCUGGAUGCUCUGGAGGAUCUGUAUAAGACUGUAGAAGAAGCUCGCCCUUUGAUAACCAAAAUCCUCCUCAAGUUUCGCCCCGAAGUCCUUCCGGAACAGCCGAAACAGCUGACGGACAAUACCAAACCACAGGGGCAACCACAGUCAACCCGUGAUAGUGGCACUGAACCGGGAAACACCCCCCGAAAUUCAGUCUCUGGAUAUUCAUCACCCGGAAAGGUUGAAGGCAAUGCUACCCCAUCUAUUCCCCAGCAGAAUGGACAAGCUUUAGAGCCAGGGAAAGGGAACAUUCCAGUUGAUCAGAGUGUUACAGCCACUGGAUGAAAAUGCAGCAACCCACACUCCUUGAUUCCUUUCCUAAAGUUGCAUUUCGGGCUCAUAUUCUGCUGUUGAAGCUCUAGAUUUCACGAGAGUUCGUUUUCUGUUCCAUUUCAUACCCUGACCUCAGACAUUCAUACCCACAUGAAUUUUAUUUUCUACAAGAGUACACAAAGAUGCUCCUACCUGGUUUGUAUUGAGUUUGUUUUUAUCUGUGUUCUCCCCCCUUCUGACCAUGCGGUCUAGCUUAACAAUUCUGAUAUCUA